GUGCUACUAAGCCCGCGAUUCCCAAGGUAUCUUGGCAGCUUCCGUGCUCAGGGGGUGAAGAAAGCCCCUCCGUUGUGGUUUAAAGCUCAGUCCAACCAGCGAUCGGUUUUGGGAAGCCCCUGUGGAAUUUGCUCUCUACCUUCUCUCUUGAGAUCAAAAUCCCCGGAAAGGAUAAAGCCUCAGCACAUGUGAUAAGAGGAGAAAGUAAGGGGGGGGACGGGACGGAUCCCUCUAGUCAUUUCUUUCGUCUUAUUUUUGGACAUCACCAGCAUUCCUCCCCCAACACUCACCCUAUUUUCCCCCCAGCCCUCCUCUCUCACAUACAUUGCGGGAGCACACAAGCACACACUCACGUAUUCUGAAGCAAAAGCAAGAGCAACAGUUGGACUGAAGCCAGGGGACUUACACUCAGCUUCCUCACUGCCAGCAGCAGGCUUUGUUCUUUGGAAUCAGUCGGAACCCGGGAGGACGUCUUCGCUGCUGCUCAUGGUUCUGUGAAGGGAAAGAGUUGCAGAAUUCCCCUGAUAUUCAGAUCCAUUGUGAAAGUGGAGGCCUCCAUUCACUAAUCAUAGCAGAAGCCUUUGAGGACGAUACUGGACGUUACACUUGCUUGGCAUCAAAUUCUGUUGGCUCUGAUAGUACUUCAGCAGAAGUAUUCAUUGAAGGUGUCAGCUCAACAGAUUCUGAGAGUGAAAGUUUAGUUUUCAAGUCAAAAUCUGGAGCUAUGCCACAGGUCCAGAAGAAAACCACUUCUGUUUCCUUAACAAUAGGAUCUUCUACUCCAAAGGCUGGAGUCACCACAGCUGUAAUUCAGCCUAUCUCUGUGCCCAUUCAGCAGGUCCAAAGCCCUACUUCAUAUCUGUACCGACUAGAUGGAUCCAAGCCUAUCUACUCCACACCCAUUUUUACAAAGGAGCUGCAAAACUCCACAGCAUCUGAAGGACAGGUUGUUGUACUAGAGUGCAGAGUCAGGGGAGCUCCUCCCUUGUACGUCAAGUGGUUUCGACAGGGUGUUGAAAUCCAAGAUUCUCCAGACUUCAGAAUUCUCCAGAAAAAGCCACGGUCUGCAGCUGAACCUGAAGAGAUAUGUACAUUAGUAAUUGCAGAGACUUUUGCAGAAGAUGCAGGAACCUUCACAUGCACAGCAACAAAUGAAUAUGGGUCAGUAACAAGCAGUGCACAACUUACUGUCUGCUCAGCCAACUCUGAAAGCUCUAGCCAUGAGCUGUCAACAAGAGAAUCCAACAGUGAUGAUUUCCAACAUUUCCCACCUCCCCCUCCAGUUCUAGAGAUUAGUUCUCUUGAGCUUCCUCCAAAGAAGCAUACAGAGAGCCAACAGGUGAACAACACUGAGUAUAGACCCAACAUAGCAGCCGUUCAGUUACAGCUCAACUCUGCUGAGAAGAAAACCAAUGGCAUCCAUCCCAGUCAUGAAGCAAAUGGAGUGAUUAACAGCAAAGCUAGCAGUGAUAAAUCUGCCCCAGCUCCAGCUGUCCUGCUUUCACCCACAAAGGAACCACCACCAGUCCUUGCCAAACCAAAGCUGGACCCUCUAAAACUACAACAACUGCAGAACCAAAUUCGUCUGGAACAAGAAGGUGGUCAGCGGUACCAUCACCACCAGCAACAUCAAAACCCUCCUCCGUCUCCUCCUUUUCCUCCUCCCCCUUCUUUCCAGGAGCUGGUGUCCAGCCAGUCUGUCAGUUCUCCUGUGCAAAUGAGCGUUCUCAACUCCCACACUUCCCCCACCAUGCAGUCAUCCAGCACCUUCAACUAUGCCCGGCCUAAACAGUUCAUUGCUGCUCAGAACAUCAGUCCUGCUUCAGGUUAUGUAACUCCUUCAUCUGGGUCUUCCACAUCCAGCCUUCCAUCCCCUAUGUCUCCAACUGCCUCUCAGAAACAAUUUGGCAGAGCACCUGUUCCCCCUUUCUCCCAGCCAUUUGCUCCGGAAGGAGAGUACCUGUGGUCUCCAUCUUCCUCUUCACCCCCUCCCCCACCUCCACCAGUCUUUAGUCCAACUGCAGCGUUUUCAGUUUCUGAUUCCUUCCCACUUCCCCCACCCCCUCCUCCUCCUCUCCCUUCCUCAGUUUCCUCACCUUCCCGCAGUCUUUCUCCAACUGCUAGAUUCUCUAACUCCAGCCAGUCUCCAGCAGCGUUCCUCAGCUCCAUGUUACCAUCCCAGCCACCGCCUAUAUCUGUCAAUGCACUAGGACUUCCAAAAGGUGUUAUGCCUCCGGGAUUUCCAAAGAAAACAGGCAGAACUGCUAGGAUAGCAUCUGAUGAAGAGAUUCAAGGGACAAAAGAUGCUGUCAUACAAGACCUGGAAAGAAAACUUCGUUUCAAGGAAGAACUUUUGAACAAUGGCCAGCCGAGGUUAACAUAUGAGGAGAAGAUGGCACGUCGACUACUGGGUGCUGACAAUGCUGCAACUGUCUUUAAUAUACAGGAACCAGAUGAAGAGCCCACUACACAGGAGUAUAAAGUCUCCAGCUUUGAGCAGAGACUGAUCAGUGAGAUUGAAUACCGCCUGGAGAGGUCUCCUGUGGAGGAAUCGGAUGAUGAGGUGCAGCAUGGAGACGAGCCCACUGAUAACAGUGUGGCACCAUAUUUUGAGAUGAAGCUGAAACAUUACAAAAUCUUUGAAGGAAUGCCAGUCACAUUUACAUGCAGAGUGGCUGGAAAUCCAAAGCCAAAGAUUUAUUGGUUCAAAGAUGGGAAGCAAAUCUCUAAAAGGAGUGACCACUACAGAAUUCAAAGAGAACCGGAUGGGACCUGCUCUCUCCACACUGCAGCCUCCACCCUGGAUGACGAUGGGAAUUACACUAUCAUGGCUGCCAACCCUCAGGGCAGAAUAAGCUGUACUGGAAGGCUGAUGGUUCAGGCUGUCAAUCAGAGAGGACGGAGUCCUCGAACACCCCCCAACCAGCCUCAUAUCAGAAGACCUCGAUCUCGAUCAAGGGACAGUGGCGAUGAAAAUGAACCAAUUCAGGAACGAUUCUUCCGACCUCAUUUCCUGCAGGCUCCUGGAGACCUGAUUGUUCAAGAAGGAAAACUCUGCAGAAUGGACUGCAAGGUCAGUGGAUUACCAACUCCAGAUCUAAGCUGGCAACUCAAUGGAAGACCAAUUCGUCCUGAUAGUUCUCACAAAAUGUUGGUGCGUGAGAAUGGUGUACACUCUCUGAUCAUAGAGCCAGUCACCGCUAGAGAUUCUGGAAUCUACACGUGCAUUGCCACCAAUCGAGCUGGUCAAAACACAUUCAGCCUGGAGCUCAUUGUUGCAGCUAAGGAAGAACACAAGCCACCUGUGUUUAUAGAGAAGCUACAGAACACAGGAGUGGCUGAUGGAUAUCCUGUGCGACUGGAGUGUCGAGUCUCUGGGGUGCCGUAUCCUCAGAUAUUUUGGAAGAAAGAGAAUGAGUCGCUUACUUACAACACUGAAAGAGUGAGUAUGCACCAGGAUAACCAUGGCUACAUUUGCCUGCUUAUUCAGGGAGCUACAAAAGAAGAUGCUGGUUGGUAUACUGUGUCAGCUAAGAAUGAGGCUGGGAUUGUGUCCUGCACUGCCAGGCUUGAUGUUUAUACUCAAUGGCAACAACAGCCUCAAACCACCAAGCCAAAGAAGGUGCGUCCCUCAGCCAGUCGAUAUGCAGCACUUUCUGACCAAGGACUAGACAUCAAGGCAGCGUUCCAGCCUGAAGCAAACCCAGUUCAUCUGACAUUGCAGUCUGGCUUGGUAGAGAGCGAUGACCUGUAGACAUGAGCUGCCAGAUCCAUCAUUUUCUUUCAAGAGCAGAAACACUGAAAGCCAUUGCCUUGACCAAUGAUACUUCUAUGUCACUUUAUGUAAAGCCAGACACCUUUCUAAGUACAAAAAUCCCCAUCUUAACCAUAUAUUUCUUAUUCCUACCAAAUUAGGAUAGGUAGCUGAUUAAUAGAAAUGUUCACAUUGCACAGAAAAUCACAUUCACUGUUCAGUUCCUUAUGCCUAUAUUGCUAGAACUCUUAUAAAUAACCUUUUUCAUAAAGGCCAAAAUACUUCUGAAAAAUCUGGUUCACUUCAGUAAACAGUAAAGUAUUUAUCACCAAGUGCCUUCCUAAGCAAGAUGUAGAUGCUACAUUGUAUUAAUAGUGUGAGAAGUUUCAUUUAAGGCUAUUAGACCAUAAAGGAAAUUAACAUGUAUAGUUAUCUUUUUACAAUUCAAAAAUGGCAAUGCAGCGUGAUAGAUACAGUCAACAAGUGCAAUAUUGUAAGAAUGAAACAGGAAGCGAAAAGAAAAAACUGAAGCAAAUACCUUGUCUCUACAAUGAGAAAGGAAAUACGUGCCUUAAAAUGUUAGAACUGCCAAUACUAUAUAGCAAGGCCAACACCUUAGUUCUUAAAAAUAAUUUCUAUGUUUUCUUUAUUUUAUUUUUUUUUGCCAUCUAGGAGGCUUAUUUACAAACAUACUGCAAGGCUAAUUUAAGCAUAAAUAAUUGAACCUAGACAAAAUAAUGAGAGCUGAGGCAUAAUACAUUACUACAGACUAUAAAUCCUAGCACCCAAGUAAGGGAUACUUUUGCGGGAGAGAAAAAUGCCAGUAGUAUAGUUUUACUACAUAAGGUUAGCAAAAAGGGGUGAGGGGGGAAAACUAUGGAUGUUUUUAUAGUAUUUAAAACAAACAAACAAACAAAAAAACAGUUCCUGAAAACUAACAGAACCCUGCCAUUCACACAUUUGAAAUUCCCAGGUCAGCAGAAAGCUAUGGAGUUUAUGUAGUGGACAUUUUUGAUCGUUUAGAGCUUGUGAAUAUGUAUGAGGAUUUUAGGAAUGUAGAGCAAGUGAAAAAAAUGGACUGAGUCUGCAACCAGAGUUUAAAUGAUAAGCACAUAUCAUAGGGGGUAGGCUUGUAGAAUGAAGAUGGAGAAAAACAGAUGUGCCAUUAUAUUAUUUUCUUAAGACAACAUGUGCAGGUGGUGGAUGAUAAAUAUUUGUUCUCUUCCCUUGUGUACAACAACAGACUAACCAUGCUGUGGCUAGGGACUGCGUGCAGUAGGUGAAGACUUUAGAAUAGAGGCUCCUUUCAGAAUGCAAAAUAAUUCCACAUCAUACUGGACUCUACCUAGUCUAUUGUACUAGGCAGUUUUGACUCUGAACCAAUUAAUUUAGUUGAGGGGGCAGAAGAAUUUUAAUUGGGC